AUGGCCGCCUCCACCAACGGCCACGUCAAAAGGCCGUCCAAGAGCCCCAGCGACUCGACCGACCCAAAGGACAUGAACGGAACUGUCGCUCGCCAGCAAAAGCCAAAGCAGCCGCCGGCCAGGCGCCGCGGCUUCGCGCCAUGGCUCCUCAGCAACGCCGUCCGCGUGUCGGUGUGGUAUGUUAUUGUUACCAUGCUCUUCCGCUGCCCAAAGUCCCUCGACGACCUCUCCGACGACUCCCCCAAGCUGUGCAAGCCGUACUUGACCGUGCAAUCACAUGCCGCCCCAUACGUCGAGCCGUACUACAACACCUACCUUGCCCCCCACGUCGAGAAGGCCCAGCCGUACAUCGACCGCUUCAAUGAGCAGAUUUACACGCCCUCGGCCGAGUUUGUCAAGAACACAUACCAGACCUAUGGUGCUCCUCGCGUCACGCAGACUCAAGAAUUCGCUCUGGCAGAGUGGGAGAAGACGCUGAAGCCGCGCCUCCAAUUGGCUCAGGACCAGGCAAAGGCCCAGUACGAUGCUGCUCUUGCUCCGCACGUUGACAAGCUCUCUGCCGCCGCCUCUCCGUACUACGACCAAGCAUCCUCAAUCGUUGGUGAUACGUACAACAGCAAGGUUGUCCCAGCCUACGAAGUCGUGCUCCCUCACGCGCAGAACGCCUACGAACAAGGCCGCCACUAUGCGGUGGACGUUGGUUACCCGUACGCUCGCUGGGGUGCGUCUUCGCUCGGAAACUUUCUGUUUCGCCAAGUCUGGCCACAACUGAGGAUCCUCUACGGUGACAAUGUCGAGCCGCAGCUCAUGAGGAUCAAGGAAAGGCUGGGCCGCUACAGGGAUGGCAAGAAGCUGGAAGCUGCCGUCGAAUCCGUGGACAGCGCUGCUUCAUCGUCUGCAGCAGCAUCUAGCUCCUCUGUAUCUUCCUCGGUUGCGGCCUCCGCUGAAGCCUACAAGUCCGCCAGUACCACUGCGAGCAGCUUGAGCGAAGCUGAGUCCAAGGCUGCCAAUCGCGAAGAUGUGCAGGAGAAGGUCGCCCAGGAUCUCAGGACCUGGCAAGAAAAGUUCGCCAAGGCUGCGGAUAAGGGUGCUGAGGAUCUUGAGGAGCGCGUUAAGGAAAUCACAGAUCAUCAGAUUGAGAGCCAGGCUCACGGCGUUGGCCAGGCUUUCCUGAUUCGGCUCGAAGAGACCGCCGAAUCUAAGCUCAAGGACCUCAAGUCGCAUAUCAAGAGCGCUGUCGAAGCACUUGCUGAAGACGCGAAUGAAGAUGACAUCGAGGCUGCUUAUGGCGGCCUCAUGGGCGAAGUCCGUGCCGCUGGUCAGGCUAUCAAGGAGAAGGCUCAGGCCAUUCGCUCGUGGAAGCAGAGUUACGAUCGGGAAACCAUGCACCUAGUCACUUCGGCCACCGAGUCCACGCUUGAAGUUAUCGACCAUAUCAGAGACCUCGGCCUCCAAGAAAUUGGCAUGCGCUGGGCCUGGAUGGAGGGUGUCACCUACAAGGAUUGGUCCAAGUAUCACUCGUUGAAGAAGACAUUCGACGAAUGGCGCAAGGAGGUUCAAGGUGUUGCUUACGAGCACGCUGGUUUCAAGUCUGCGAGAGAAGAAGGCGCCAAGAUUGAGGAGACUGGUAUGGCCGUUGCUGAGGAGGCCGCGAAAGAGUUGGUCCGCUUGAAAGAUGUCGCUCGCUUCAAGCUCUACACUCACGACAGCUCUGACGACUUUGACUCGACCGUUAUUCCUCCCGAAGCGAUUGCAGCAGCCCGCAAGGUCAAGGAGGCCAUCAAGGAUGCCAUCAGUGAUGCCAGCGAGGCCGUUGCAGGAACUUCCCAAGGUACUGUGGAGUCUGUGGCAUCUGUUGCCAGCGAGCAAGUAGAGGAUGCUAGCUCGAAGAUCAGCGAAAAAAUCAUUGGCACUGAGCCCGGAGUUGCGGAACAGGCUGCGACCAAGGCCUCCGAAGCCAUUCUGGGAACCCAAGAUGCCACAGACAGCAUUUCCUCCGUUGCUAGCUCCAAGGUGUCCGAGGCUAGUUCAAGCAUUGGAGAAGCAGCACAGAGCGUCGUCUCGGCCGCCAAGUUCAAGAAGGACCAGGCCAGUCAAGCUGUUCUUGGAUCACCGGCUCCUCCCCAUGAGUCUAUCGCAUCCAAAGCGAGCGAGGCUAUCAUCGGAUCCGAGACUCCUGUUUACGAAUCGAUUGCCUCUCAGGCCAGUGAGGCGGUCGUUGGUUCCGAAACCCCUGCCUACGAAUCGUUGGCUUCCAAGGCUAGCGAAGCUGUUGUCGGCAGCUCCACUCCUGCCGCUGAAUCCGUGGUCUCCGAAGCAUCCUCAAGCGUCGAGUCUCUGGCUUCUGAAGCAUCUUCAAGUGUCGAAUCAGCUUCUUCCGCUGUGUCUGAGGCUGGCGCAGAUGCUACAGAGUCUGUCAAGAAGGUCUGGGGCGGCGCCAUGGCCCAGGUGAUUGUGGAGGCAAAGCAGAUUAUUUUUGAGGAUGAGAUCGAUGAUUCCGACGAUGACACCUACUCGGAGAAGAUCAAGAGUAUGGUCAGCGAGGCUGGCGACCGCGCUGCUGAGCUCACCCAGGCAAUCAGCGAGGCGAUUCUUAAGCCUACAUCAACCCAGGGCUCCGUUGAGUCUGCCACCUCCCUGGCCAGCGAGCAGUAUGCGAAGGCCAUGGCCGCUGCCUCCAGCGUCCUUUACGGUCCUGAGCAAGGUUCUGCUGAGAGUAUUGCCAGCGUUGCCUCGGACAAGUACGCUCAGGCAGUAACUGCAGCAUCCUACGCCAUCUAUGGCACCCCGGCCCCGGUCAUCGAAUCUCUUCGUGCCCAAGCAAGCGCUCAGUAUGAUUCUGCGUUCAAGCUUGCCAAGGAGCAGUACGAAGAAGCCAAGGCUGCUGUUUCGGCAAAGAUCUCGGGAACUCCAAAGCCCGCUCACGAGGAAGCUCUCUCCUCGAUUAAUGACGCGUACUCUUCUUCUAUUGCCGCUGCUAGUGCUAAGCUGCAGGAUGCUCUCAAGUACACUGAUUCAGUCAAAAGCUACGCUGCGGGUCCAACCCAGGGUGCGUGGGAAUCCGUCUCAUCCAUUGCCUCCUCUAGGCUUCAAGAGGGCUUGAACUCAGCCUCUGCACAAUUCUCGAGUGCUAAGAUUGCUGUUGGAGUUCAGCCAACUCCCGUUCACCAGCAGUACAUUGCAGAGGCUCAAAGACGCUACUACGAAGGCAUUGGUCUUGCCCAUGCCCGCUACUCCGAGUUCCUUGACGCAGCGUCAGCGGCAGUCUACGGAACCCCUACGCCUGCAUAUCAGAGCUACCUGAAUGCUGCGCAGAGCCAGUACACAGCAGCUGUUGCCGCCGCUUCAAGCCACCUCCAAGAUGUCCUCUCUUCCGCCAGUUCCGUAGCUGGUCAGACCACCAAGCCGCCGGCACAGAGCAUUCUGGAUUCCGCAUCCUCCCAAUACGAUGCCGCUGUAUCUGCUGCUGCUGCCUCUUUGUCUGCUGCUUCAGCUCAGGCGAGCAGUGCUAUUUACGGAACCUCGACGGGAGCGUUCGAAUCUGCCGCUUCAGCUGUCUCGGAAAAGGCUGAGUCCGCGGCAUCUGCAGCAAGCUCUGGCAUUGUGGGCUCGGAGACUCCCUGGACUGAGUCUGUUGCUUCGCAAGCCGCAGAGAACUGGGAAUCUUUAGUGUCUAAGGCUAGCGAACAGGUGUACGGUGCGCCUACACCUUGGACCGAGUCUGUAUACUCACAAGCUGGUGCUUAUGGAGCGCAAGCUACUGAGGCUGCUGCUGUCCAGUAUGCGGCCAUUCAAUCUCUUGUAUCUGAGCUCGUCGUUGGCAAGGAGCCCGACUUCACCGAGAGCGUGAUGAGCCGCUUCAGCUCUGCGUACUACACCGGCUACCCAGCCGUAGCAUCAUCCGCCUCGUCCUACGCGAACGAGGCAUACCAGUCUGCAUCCUCUGUGGUCUCAUCCGUCUUCACCCCUCCUGCUGCCUUGGAAGAUAUCCUCGGAUCCGCGAGCGACCAGAUCAACGCCGCCGUCGAUGCAGUCAGCAUCCAGCUCUACGGCACCGAGAAGAAUGGCUACGAGAAGGCCGCCGACGCUGCCAGCAGCGCGUACAGCUCCGCCUCGUCCAAGGCCAGCGAAGCCAUCUACGGCACGCAGCCGAGCUACGCCGAGGCCGCGCAGAGCUCCCUCGCUGACGUCGCGUCGUCGGCGCAGAACGCCAUCUCGGUCGCCAUCUACGGCACGCCGACGGGCGCCGUCGAAGGCGCCACGGCCGCUGCCGCGAGCGUCUACUCGUCCGUCUCGGCCGCCGUGUCCAGCGCCGCUGAAGAGAACCUCGCGGCCGUCAGCGAGGCCGUCGGCGACGGCUACGCUGCUGCGGCGAGCAGGGUCAGCGAGGCUGUGUACGGCCCGCAGCAGGGCGCGCUCGAGAGCGCCACCAGCCGUCUGCAGGAGGUCGUCGAGAGCGCGCGCGCACGGCUGAGGGAUUAUGCGGUCGCUGCGGGCGAUGGGGCGAACGAGAGGCUCGAGCAGGCGAAGAGCGCUGUCGAUGAGAUGGCGAGCAGCCUGUCGGAGAAGACGGCGCAGGCGACGGCGAAGGCGAAGGAUGAGUUGUAG